AUGGUCUCCGACCCCCAACCCCGCGGCUUCAAAGGCAUAAUCACCCGCGUCUCGAGCAUCCGUGAUGCAUACCCGAACUCAGUCGAGAUCUACCGCGAUCUGAAUACAGCUUAUCAAUCAUGUUACGAGAUCGCAGAUAAUAUUUCCGAACAGUAUAACGGCUAUAAGCGGGCUGGACAGCGCAUUUCGGGAAUUCGAUCACUGCUCGGUGACUGCGAUGCGAUCUUACGGCGUGUUCAUGGGUUCUUGCAGCGAUAUUCGAGUCUGCGCUCGCAAAAGCCUACUCCGAAGGAGAAGUUUGCUUUUGUGAGUGAGGAUAUUGAGUAUUGGAGGCGGAAACUGGGGCUUUGUAGGGAGAAGCUUGUUUCGGCGCAGGAGAUGUUGCAUGGGGCCGAUUACUCUAGUCAACCCACGCUGCAUGACGAUCAACUGGCUCCAGAAUCGCAGAGUGGAGAGAAAAAAGCACCGCCUGUAGAAAUUAUCGACCCAAUUCCUCCUGAAGCAGAUACAGCAAGAGACGUCCCUCCACUAGGGAAAGAGAAAAAGCAGAGAUCCCGAUCCGAAAAAAGAAACGCUCGACUAGCAGCCGCUGCCGCUGACCGUCGAUGGGAUGAAGUCCGCUCUCUAAUCGAAAAGAGCGCAGACGUAAACACGGCUGAUGGUCGAGGCUACAGGCCACUGGUGUAUGCUUUACACGGAAGGUAUACGGCCAAAUCCCCCGAUCAAGCCCGAGAAGCGAGCAGUAUUGCCAAGUUGUUGGUUCGUCGCGGAGCCAGGUUUGGCGAGGCGGAGCUGAUGGAACUACCAAAGGGUGGUAGCUAUGGGGAUCGAGAAUACAAAAAUCCCCCCAUUGGAAACCCGCAGUCCUCACCAAGCGCAACACACAACUCCAUCCCGCCAUCCUGGCGACUGCCCGAUUCAGUCCUCGCAAAUCGACCCGCCUCAAGCGUGGAAAUCAUUCGAUCCAGCAGCAUACUCACGCCCGAGGAAAUAUCGUGGACUGAAACAAUCGACAUCCGCGAUCUCGUCUUGCUGAUUAUAUCUCGGCGCGUCAGCAUGACGAAAUGUCUUACUGAGAUCUUCUUCGAGCGCGCGCUGAUUAAAGCGAGGAUCCUGGAUGAGUAUUUCGAAAGGACUGGGGAGGUUGUCGGCCCUGUACAUGGGAUUCCAGUUUCAGUUAAGGACCGCUUUGAUGUUGAGGGGGUGGAUACCACUGUUGGAUGGGUCGGGCUCAUCGGCAAGCCAGCCAAAUCCUCCAGCUCCGUCGUACAGCUACUCGAGUCAAUGGGGGCGGUCAUGUACGUCAAGGCCAAUAUCCCGCAAUCCCUAAUGAUGUCCAAUUCAUACAAUCACGUCUUUGGCCAAUCCGUCAAUGCCUUCAACCACGCCCUCAUCUCCGGCGGCAGUUCCGGAGGCGAAGGAGCUCUCGUCGGAUCUUGCGGUAGUAUGCUCGGAAUCGGCACUGAUAUCGGCGGCUCGAUUCGAGUUCCUUCGGGUCUCCAAGGCUUUACUCGGUCUGCCCGAGUACAGGUCGAGUACCCUGGGACUGCUCUGUCCUCCGAGCCAUGGAAUCUCGACCCAGCUGCUAUUCCAAUUCCUUGGAGAAAGGAAAUUGCCACUCCGCCAACAGACCGCAAACUAAGACUCGGCGUUGUCUUCGACGAUGCCAUUGUCAAACCACAACCUCCGUUGCGCGUGUUAUGCGGGAGACGGUGCAAGCGUUACGAGAUGCUGGUCACGAGGGUAUGCCAUUAUGCAUCUAUACUCAUCAUCUCCCGUUUUCGGCCAUACAAAGACUCACAAGCUCAUGUAGUAAUCGAAUGGGAUACCACCCUCCACACCCCGGCAACAAACCUCUGGACAAAAUCCAUUCUCGGCGACGGCGGCGCUCACUGCCGAAAGCUCUGCGCCAUAAUCGACGAACCACUAAUCGAGGGGAUGAUAGUCGGGACCGAGAAAGAUGUACUAUCGUUCGAGAACGGGAAAAGGUAUACUCUUGCUUCUUUCCCAGAGUAUCUCUCUUACGAUCUAACCAAUACAAAGGCCGAGAAUGAAAAAUACAACCUCCAAUUACAAAUGCUCGCUCAAUGGCGCGACACUAAGGUCGAUGCCGUUCUAAUGCCUGUCUUACCCUGGGCCGGAUAUAAGCCGAAGACUUGGGUGACAAGUAGUCAGUGGCUGGGGUAUACGGCUAUGUGGAAUCUGCUUGAUUAUGCGGCUGUUACAGUUCCUGUUGGUCGGGCGGAUAGGGGACUUGAUGUUGCUGGUGAGGGGUGGGAGAGUCAUGUUGCGAGGAAUGAGUCUGAUGCUUUUAAUCAUGAUCAAUGUGAGAUUCUCUCCCCUUUUGGAUUUGGGUUUAUUGUGUUGGGCUGGAUGCAUUCUGACAAGCUCGCAGAUGAUAUUGAUCUUGUACACGGGAUGCCUAUUUGCGUGCAGAUUGUUGGUGGACGGUUUGGGGAGGAGAAAGCUGUUGCGGUUGGAAAAGUUGUUGAUGGGUUGAUGAACAAAACUACAUUUCACCCUGUAGUCUAA